AAUCUCUUCCUCAUCGUUUAUUCGAUUCGAUACAAACAUGAGCAGCGCUGCCAUCCCCGGUUCGCCCCGCCGCGCCUUCUACCCGCCCAUCCACUGCUACAACGAGGGCACUCUGGAGGUCUCUGAAACGCACAAGCUGUACUAUGAGCAGUCGGGCAACCCCACCGGCAAGCCCGUCGUGUACCUGCACGGCGGCCCUGGCGGCGGCACGUCUGCUGGCGACCGCUGCUACUUUGACCCCGCCGUGUACCGGAUUGUGCUGUUUGACCAGCGCGGCGCGGGCAAGAGCACUCCGCCUGCGUGCCUCGAGCAGAACACAACGUGGGAUCUCGUGCAGGACAUUGAGAAGCUGCGCACGCACCUCGGCAUUGACAAGUGGGUCGUGUUUGGCGGCUCCUGGGGCUCGACGCUUGCUCUGGCCUACGCUGAAACGCACCCCGACCGCGUCAAGGCGCUCGUGCUCCGCGGCAUCUUCACCCUGAGGCGCAAAGAGCUCGUCUUCUUCUAUCAGGAGGGCGCUGACAUGAUCUACGCUGAUCACUUUGAAAAGUACAAGAACGAAAUCCCAGAGGGCGAGCGUGGCGAUCUCAUCUCUGCGUACUACCGUCGUCUCACCCAUCCCGACAAGAACGUGCAGAUGAAGGCUGCCAAGGUCUGGGCGACCUGGGAGUGUGCUACCAGCAAGCUGUUUAUUGACCAGGAAAUGCUCGCCAAGGCCGAGAACGACGACUGGGCGGUCAAGUUUGCCCGCAUCGAGUGCCAUUACUUUGUGAAUGGUGGGUUCUUCAACUCGGACACGUACCUGCUGGACAACGUCGACAAGAUCAGGCACAUCCCAACGACUAUCGUGCAAGGUCGAUACGACAUUGUGUGCCCGAUGAACACUGCCUGGGAGUUGCACAAGCGCUUUCCAGAGGCUGAUUUCCACAUUGUGCCCGACGCUGGACACUCGGCCAAGGAGCCCGGUAUUACCGCUCUGCUGCUUGAGGCGACGGACAAGUACCGCGACCUGUAGUUAGACUGUGCUUGCCAGACUGUGCCUUUUUGUUUGAGUUGUGAAACAAAAAACAGCAUCUUUUUGUUCUCUCUCUUU